CUGUUUCACUGAAUCGCAACAGACAGAAGAGGCAAGAAAAUGGAGUCGAACUCAAAGUCCUCCAAAGCGUAUCGCACUCGCGAUCUUUUUCCUUCUGUGAAACCCUCUUAUCUGUCUCUCAAUUUAGUCUUUGUGUGCAUAAUCCUUCUGUUGAGGAACGAAUCUACAAACCAUCGUUUGUUAGCGUUGGAAAAACAGAUAAAGGUUUUGUCAACGAAGCAGAGCUGUGCUGAGAGUGGCUCUUAUGCAAAUCGCAACGAAAUGUCCGUCAAGCCGCAACUGGAUCCUGAUCAGAUUUUUGCCAGGAGGAUCAAGACUCCUGUUGCAAAGAAGCUUGAUUAUCCCUCAGGUGAAAGCGGGCGGGACAAAAUUACCAAGGCCACAAGGACUCGCAGGCAUGUUUCAAAUGUUAUCACAAUUGAUGACGUACGCAAUGAAAUCGCCAAGCACCUUGAACAGCUCAUUCCCACAAAGUAUUGCAAGUCAACCGAAAAAGUCUGUCCAGCAGGCCCCCCCGGAAGCCCUGGCGUCCAAGGUGCGAAAGGGAAACGUGGUAGGAGGGGAACACAAGGGAAAAGAGGACUACAAGGUAAUAUGGGUCCACCAGGUAGGCAUGGAAAGCCAGGAAUGGCUGGACCUAUUGGACCGAGAGGGGAAAAAGGAGACCAGGGAGAGCCAGGCUCGAGAGGCAUGCCAGGACCACCAGGUAGUCCUGGAGAGUCAAUAUCUGCCCCACAAGUCACGAUAUCACCUGCUGAACAGACUCAAGAUGAAGGAAAGGAUGUGAAGUUUUAUUGCUCGAUUAGUGGGAAUCCACCUCCCAGAUCUGAAUGGAAGUUUAGGGGCAGGAAGCUUAUUUCAGGCUCUAAAUAUGUGGUCAACGAUGGAGCAUUGACCAUUAAACGUUUGAACUACAGUGAUGCUGGACGGUAUUCUUGUGCUGCGACUAAUAUCCUUGGAUCGCAUGAAGGGUCAGGAAAUUUAACUGUUCGAGGUCUUCCCAUUUUGAUCUCUCCACCACCGUCUGUCAUCACGCCAAAAGAGUAUUCCACGUUGAACGAGACAUGUCAAGCUAAAGGGUUUCCACGUCCCUCCAUAAACUGGACCAGACUAGGAAUGCCUUUCCCUGCAGGGAAGACUACGAUCAGUGGAAGCAGCCUAACUAUAAAUAACUUGAGUCCUGCCGACAGUGGAGUGUACGAAUGUAGAGCGACAAACAGCAUGGGUACAACGAAAACAAAGAUGAACGUGGCAGUGCAACGACAACUGCUGCUUAAAGAUUGUGACUGUUGGCGAACUCGUAGGCCUCAAAGUUCUAGUAGAGAUUGGUCAUACUCUUCCAUCGGAUCUUCCACCUCUCCAGGAAGAGUUGACGCUAUCGAUUUCCAAACGAGUGGUGAUGUUCUUCUGAAAGGAUAUCGACUUUGGGGAGUCUACAGCGGUUCAACUACUUUCCAGGUCACCAUUCGAUUGUAUCAGGAAGGUACCUUGAUUGGCGAGAGGACUGGGUCCUACUCCACCAGAGCCUCUGACAGGACGUUCAAAGUGUAUUUUUUACAGGGAAUUUCUAUUCGAGCAGGUCUUAGUUACACUGCAACAGCUAAGAUAGUAACAAAUAAACUAACUUAUUAUCUCGAGAAUGAAGCAGCUGGAAUAUUACGGACUGCAUUUAGACCUGUAUCAUCGCUCACGAUUUGUCCACAACGGUCGCAGAUUGAAAGAGGAAUGGAAACCUCAAAGGAUCAUCGCAUUCGAGAUUUCUUUCCUCACUUAAGGCCUUCGUAUUUGUCCAUCUUCUUACUGUUCAUUUCUGGAAUUCUAUUCCUUCGGAAUGACGCAACAAAUGAUCGUCUGUUCGCGCUGGAACAAAAGAUCAUCAGUCUCACAAAGGAAUGCAUCGCUCCCGAGAUGAAAGCUGCACGAAGCGGACAGAUGGUCGUAACACUCGGCGUUAAGAAGAACAAACGACGUGGAAUGACGCCACCGCAGUCUCGACUUUCUUCAUCAGAGUCCUAUGGGGAGUCUUCCAAAGGUUCUGCUCAAAGAUUUCGUAGAAGUGCCACAGGCAAUAAUACCGCGAGCUUAGCUAUUGAAGAUUUACGUCGCGAGAUCGCCUUCCAAUUGGGAAUAUUCCUUCCAAGUGAAUACUGCCGAUCAAAUGAGAAGGUAUGUCCCGCUGGUCCCCCCGGAAGUCCUGGUCGAAAAGGUCCGAAGGGACCUCGUGGAAGGAGGGGGCCGAAGGGGACAAAAGGAAAAAAAGGAAUUCAAGGUAAUAUUGGCUUACCUGGAAUUCACGGCAAGCGAGGAAUGAUGGGUCCCCUUGGACCAAGGGGAAUAAAAGGCGACCGAGGGGAGCCAGGCCCGAAAGGAGAUGUUGGGAUUCCCGGGAAUCGAGGAAUACGGGGAACAAUGGGAGGUCCAGGACCUAGAGGAGAAAAGGGAAAAAAGGGGGAUUCUGGUGUGACGGGAAUUCCGGGUCCUCCCGGUAUUCCCGGUCGAACGGUUUCUGCGCCGGAAGCUAUUCUAUUGCCAGUCACAGCUGUAAUCGACGAAGGAGGAAGCAUGGCUUUUAAUUGCACAGUUGGUGGAAAUCCAGCACCAAAGGUCACAUGGAAAUUUGAGGGGAACAUACUAUGGACAGGAUCAAAGUAUGCCAUAGACAAAGGAUUACUGAUCAUCAACGAGCUGAAGUUCAAUGAUACUGGUUUUUACUCUUGCGUUGCGGCGAGUGCUUUGGGGUCUGAUGAGGCAUUUGCAAACCUUACGGUGAGAGCGGCGCCAAUCUUUACUAAGAAACCUCCAGCAGUUUCUAUGCCACUUGAAAGCACAGAUUUUUUUGAAACGUGCCAAGCUGAAGGAUUUCCUCCUCCAGUUUCAAACUGGACACGACUUCUUCAGCCAUUACCUCCAGCAAGGACCGAAGCAUGGGAAGGAAAUCUCACUAUAAAAAAUCUGAGUACCACUGACAGUGGACUGUAUGAGUGUACCGUGACGAACGCCAUGGGCGUGAAGAGGACUAGGAUGAAUCUGGUAGUACAAAAAGGAGUGGAUUGUAGCUGCUGGCGUUCAAGAGAGUAUUAUCCAAUAGUUCGAAGGUCCUACAGAAGACAUUAUUCUCACGUGGUUUCUUUACAUUCUGUGGAGGAUUCUUCUGUAGAUGCCUUUGAUUUCCAGACAAGUGGUAAUACUAUUUUACGCGGUUUUCAUAUGUGGAAAGAUAACAGGUUGUUUCCUGGUAGCACUUUCACCAUCGAGCUCUAUCAAGGAAAUACAACUGUAGCCAAGAGGUCUCACACUUAUGAUGCAAGCUUUUCGACUAAGAAAACAUUUGAGGUGUAUUUUCCUAAAGGAAUAUUUUUGCAAGAAGGUUUAAACUACACUGCUGCAGUAAGAAUGAAAGGAAGAAAAUAUAACACUGCAGUUAAUAACGCAUUGAAAUAUAAUUUUUGUUCUGGGGCUAAUGUCACUUUUUGGAAGUCCUCUUUUGGUAGAUCAGUUUCAAGUUCUUAUGUGCGUCAAAUACCAGCUCUUAUCUUCCUCGGUUUAAAAUGCUGAACGAAACAUUUCUGUUUUGAGAUUUUUCAAAGUGAAACAUUGAGAGCUUCUAUAAUACCAUUUGUACUUAGUUCUCAUGGUCUAAAUGUGGUAAAGAUACGUUUCUUCUCCACAACUAGGAUGAAUAAUUUUGAAAAUGGUGUGCUAGGAAAAACUGAAGGAAUUUAUUUCAUGAGGCUUUUUAGUCCGUGGGCUUUAAGGAUCAAAUCGUGGUCACUUGAAUGAAGCCUACGAACUGCCCAUAUCCAGACUUCACUACAAAGUAAUGAGUUCUUUAAUAGAUGUGGCACGAUGGUUUUAAAAUAGCUAACGCAGUAGAUCGGAAGGUGGAUCGAGGGAUCCUGCCCUUGGGUAAGACGCUUACGUCUUAUGAUGUUUACCACCAAUCUAAGGGUUUUAACCGAGGUUUAAUUGUCAACAGAAGUUUUAUUUUAAACUACGCAGGUAACAGUGAAAGUAACACAGAUUACUACUAAGCCUUAAUAACCCUUGGUGAAGGUAGCCAUAGAGGUUUGGAACUUGAAAAAACAAUAUAAAUCAGCUGGCCAAUUAAAUAACCUUUAGUCUUCAGUAAAACCGCUAAGGUAGAAAUCAAGUGAAUAGAUGAGUAGGAUCGGUGCUUUAACAAUUUAGAUUUUGGGGGAAACAGGUAGAGAAAGAAAGAACGACCGUCCUUGUAAAGAGGAUUUCCUCGCUUCCCGUUGUAGGGGUGUCUGGUUUGUAGGUCCUGUAAAGAAAAAUAAACAUUAUAUUUUUGCUGCCA